GUGAUUUGUGCCAGUGAUUAUAAUCGAUAGACGCUGUAAUCGAUCGAAAGUGGAGUGGUAUUCGCGCGGCUUGGUGAGGAUAUCGCCAGGUUCGAGGGAGUUUAUUAUCUGGGAACACGAGAAAGGCGCCAAAAUGGCCCCCUUGACGGAUGCCGUGUACAACUGGGCCAUGUCGGCAGGAGAUCGGGAGUCCGAGGCCCAGGCCAAGAAGGGCGAGGAGGGCGCGGGCGGCGACCGCGACUCCCGCGCCGCGGCGGCGCUCAAGAAGAACUGGUGUGUGGGGCUCAGGAUAACUGAACUGGUUAUCACGGUGAUCGCCAUCGGUCUUGUGACUGGAGCACUAACUUCACCCUACAUAGUGCAGUCGAGAUUGUCGCACAUUGCUGUCAUCUUCUCUGCUUACUCAAGUUACAUCAUUAUCACCGGCAUCCUGAUCCUCGCGCGGUUGUUCGGCGAGUCGGCAGGAUGGAAGACGUCCAUCGGCUUUUCUGUGCUCGGGGUGGUCAUGUUCACCGCCGCUGCAGCCGUCAUUUUCUAUGACUGGCACACUUCGUACUACGUAGUAGUCCGACCGAACAAGCAAGCUUACGACCUCCUUCUAUCGUCCGGCGUGUUCGCGGUUCUUGGCGCGGCGGUUUUCAUGUUCCACGCCUUCUUCACUUUCCGGAAGGAAGCAGACAUUUAAAAAAAUAACAUCGAUAACUCUACUUUUACUAUGUAUCAGAAAUGCCAGUACUGUGUCAAUCUAUUUAAAUUUAAAGUCGAUACAGAGAUAUGGAACGCAUUCUGUAUGAUCUUUAAUCUUAAUUUUAUCUCUUUUAUUAACUGCCCUGUUUAAUUUAUAAUUUUUAUUUAAGUUUAGUAUUAGAUAUUUUUAUUAGCUCUGCUGGGGGCAUAAUGCAAUUAAUUUGUAAAUAAUUUAUUAAGAAACCGUGAGUUGUCCUCAUUGAGUAGCUAUAAAAAUUUUCAAAUACAGUUUUAUUAAGGUUGUUAAUAAAGUCAACGUAUUUUAAAUCUUGUCCUCUGUAGCAGCUCAAGUAAAAUGCAGUUUUCUUCAUGGCAGCACUUUUUUAAAUAAAUCAUUCACUUUGGCCGAGGGAGUGCAAGUUACGUAAAAUUAAGUUUUAGAAUAUUUUUCGUAGUAUGAAUUUAGUUUUAACUUCUUGGAGAAUGAUGUAUGAGGUUUUACAAAGACGGUAUUAUGUGCAAGAGACGAAAUAUAAAUAAAUAAAUACUAAAAAUAUCCGGUGAAGGCCUUAUUCAAGUCAAAAGGGUUGUGUAAAUGUGGUUUUGAAGAUUGAUACUUCUUUCUAAUAGGGGCGUUGUACGGCUUAGUAUUUAAGACUUUUUAAACCAACGAGUAUUACUUAAAUAUACUUAUAGUUGGUCAAGCAAAUCUUGUCAGUAGAAAAAGGCGGCAAAUUUAAAAAUGUAGGCGCGUAGUAUUAUCUUCCCAUGGAACAUUAAAAUUUCGCGCCUUUUUCAACUAACAAGAUUUGCUUGACCAACUAAAUAUACCUUCCUAACUUUAUUUAUUUUUAAAAGAAAACCUUACAUUAAAUUAAAAAUGUUGAACUUUUUUUAAAUUUCGCGCGUAUGAUUAUUUUGACAUCUGCCACAGAUAGAGUAAAUUACCUCUAAAUUACGAUACAAAAGUGUAGCAUGCGUGCGACCAUAAACAAUUUAUAGUAAAUACAAUUGUAGCAACUUAGAAAACACUUUGAUUGUAUUAUGGGCAUUUUGACGUGUUUAACGUUGCAUGUUUUUUAAUUUGUUUCUAAUGCUUUACUAAUAAUUUAUUAUAUUGUAAUCGUAAUGUUAAUACUGAAACAUUCCGCUAAACCCAAAUUUAUGUUAUUGUGUAAGUGCGUGUCGUAUACAGACAUGAAUAAAUUUAAUAUGUUGUAAUUGGACCAUGUAGCCCGCUAGCAUACUUCAUAGAAAAGUUUUUAGAACUAGUAAUAUACUCGAUGAGAAUUAGUAAUGGGCAGACAUAGGAAUCAUAUAUAAAUAGCAAUUGAUUAAUCAUGACUUAUAUAUUUAUGCAUAACUAAUCAGAUUCAUAAAUAAAUGAAAAUAAUUCAUUUCUUUUUUUUUUCAUAUAAGUAAUUUGUAAGCAUUUAAAGACAGAUUAAGGUAAGGAAAAAGCUAGGUGUUGCUUUCGAAAGAAAUCACUUUAUAUUAAUUUAAGUUAUUUCAUAGGUUUAUGUUAAAUAAUUAUUACUUUUAUUGAAAGGGAGAACCAAAGCAGUAAUCAGUAUCCGUCCAGUAGUAGUUUUAGUUCAUUAAGUUUCCUUUCAUUUUAACCUACCUUCACCUACUUACAUGAUUCUGUAUUUCUGUAUCUUUUGUAAUAAAUGACAUCAAAAUAGAUUAUUUUUCAUCAUCAAAAUAGGUUAUUUAAUAGUUUAUUUGGUAUUUAAUCUAAGAAAAAUAAAUAGUAAUGUAGAUGCAUGUAAACAGUACACUGGCGCUAAUGUUACCUUAUUUAUCCACGACCGCAAUAAAAGGUACCCGCGACACGCACAGAUAUUUUAAAUAGAAUAUUAUUGUAUAUAAUACAUUGUAUCCGUUGUAAUUGUUUAUUUAAUAAAUAUAAUGCAAAA